CUUGUCAAGUGAUUAAGGCAGGAAGGGUUAUAGGGAAAAAUUGCUAUUUUAUAGAUAUUAGCAAAAUCUAGCUGAUGGGGGAAUGGCUAAUACUGGACGUGUUGUAGGAUACGUUCCUCAGCCCAGUUAUGAAGGACAGAUUGAACCAACAAAAUUGCUGCGAUUGCGUGUUAUAGGUGGUAGUGGUCUAGCAAAAAAAGAUAUAUUUGGUGCAAGUGAUCCCUAUGUCAAAAUUGAGUUAGUGAAUGUGACAACAAAUGGAACUGAUGAUGUUGUUGACUGUGUCCUCACCAAAACAAAGAAAAAGACUUUAAAUCCACGAUGGGAUGAAGAAUUUGUAUUUAGAGUGAAGCCAGCAGAACACAAGCUUGUGUUAGAGGUGUUUGAUGAAAACCGUUUGACUCGUGAUGACUUCUUGGGUUUGGUAGAAUUACCCUUAAUAAACCUGCCACGUGAGUCAGAGGGCAGACAGAUUCCUCAUCGGCACUACAGACUUCAGCCCAGAAGUACGCGGUCACGAGUGAAAGGUCAUCUUCAGUUAUAUGUUGCCUAUGUAGUGGAUGAUGGAGCUAGCAGCAGUGGAGCAUCCGGAGAACAGACUCCAGAGGAGGCUGGCUGGGAAGUGGUGAGCAUCGACAACGGUAGUGGCCAUGAAGAGUCCCCCGCACAGUUUGAUUUAUCCUCACAGCCAGUUUUGGUUCCCAACGAUGGCCAGAGUCCACUGCCAGAUGGAUGGGAAGAGCGACAAGAUGCGAAUGGCCGAACCUACUAUGUUAAUCACAAUGCUCGAACUACACAGUGGGACAGACCAACCAGCUCCCAGGGGAAUAACGAACAGGAGCGGUUUCAACGCAUGGAGUCUGCACAGAAUGAAUUUAGAAAUGAGUUUCGACGGAGAUUCCACAUUUCAGUUGAUGACAAUGAGGUAUCCAGAGGGGGAGAUAAUGCUGCUGUCAUACAACGGGAACCACUGAUUGCCCACGAAGAGGAGGAGGAGGAGGAGGAGGAUGAUGACCAGGAGGAGGAGGGGGAGGAAGAUGUGUUGGAUGGGGAAGAGGGACAAGCCCAGGAAGAAGAGGCACAACCUCGCUUUGAGGAAGUGGCCUCUGAUGAGAUUCAGGAGGCACAAAACACAGGGGUGCAACGACCAUCCUCUACAGCAAGUUCCCCUGCAACCCCAACCACUAUCACCAACAACAACUCUAGUGUCACCAGUAAUGCACCCAAGCCUCAAACUCCAACUCCUACUGGGACUGAUGAAACUCUGCCUCGUGGAUGGACCAGCCAGGUGGCUCCUAAUGGUCGUGUCUUCUUCAUUGAUCACAUUAACAAGCAAACAACGUGGAUAGACCCCCGUUCUGGCAUGCCAAGUUCCCCACCCAACCAGCGUCACACAAACAACUGGAGACAUGAGGAUGAGUUGGGACCUCUACCCGAGGGCUGGGAACAGCGCGUACAUACUGAUGGCCGUAUAUUCUUCAUUGAUCAUAAGAACCGCACAACGACAUGGGAAGAUCCACGAUUACUCAAUCCAGCCAUCGCAGGCAAAGCCAUACCUUACUCUCGAGACUACAAGCAAAAAUACGAAUUCUUCAAGAACAGACUACCAAAACCAACAAAUGUUCCCAACAAAUUUGAUAUCAAGGUGAAGCGAAACAAUAUCCUGGAGGACUCCUUUGCCAUUGUUAGUCAAGUGUCUCGUGUGGAUCUGUUACGAACUAAGCUGUGGAUAGAGUUUGAAGGAGAGGUUGGUCUGGAUUAUGGUGGAGUUGCUCGUGAGUUCUUCUUCCUAUUAUCAAAAGAGAUGUUCAAUCCAUAUUAUGGCCUCUUUGAAUACUCUGCCACAGACAACUACACAUUACAGAUCAACCCAUACUCUGGGAUGUGUAAUGAAGAGCACUUACGGUACUUCAAGUUUAUUGGUCGUGUGGCAGGUAUGGCUGUUUACCAUGGAAAAUUGCUUGAUGCCUUUUUCAUCCGGCCAUUUUAUAAGAUGAUGUUGUCAAAACCCAUUGAACUAAAGGACAUGGAAAGUGUUGACUCAGAGUACUACAAUUCUCUCCUCUGGAUUCAAGAAAAUGAUCCAGCAGACUUAGCCUUAACCUUCAGUGUUGAUGAAGAGUCUUUUGGCAGAACUUCUUCCCACAACUUGAAAGAAAAUGGAGGAGACAUUCCAGUCACUAAUGAGAAUAAGAAUGAAUACAUUGAAUUAGUUAUCAAUUGGCGCUUUGUCCAGCGAAUCCAUAACCAAAUGGAGGCAUUCCGAGAGGGCUUCAGUGAUGUAGUGCCAAUCUCUCACAUCAAGAUCUUUGAUGAGAAUGAGUUAGAGCUGCUGAUGUGUGGAAUUGUCUCAAUUGAUGUUAAGGACUGGCGAGCCAACACAGUCUACAAGGGAGAUUACCAUCCUAACCACAUUGUCAUUCAGUGGUUCUGGCGGGUGGUUCUGUCCUUUACAAAUGAAAUGAGAGCUCGUCUGCUUCAGUUUGUUACUGGUACUUCACGUGUUCCCAUGAAUGGGUUUAAGGAACUCUAUGGCAGUAAUGGACCACAACUCUUUACAAUAGAAAUGUGGGGAGAAACCAAAAACUACCCACGCUCACAUACAUGCUUUAACCGACUGGAUCUGCCUCCAUACCAGUCUUACCAUGAACUCCGUGAAAAGCUCAUCAAGGCCAUUGAGGGCACUGUUGGUUUUGCAGGAGUGGACUAAGUACAUCUUGUAAAAUACCCUUAUAGUGGUUGAUGGAGAGAUAUUGUGAAGAAGAAAAAAGAAGAUAGUGUUGCAGGAACUUAUUAAAAGGAAAAGGUAUAUUGUUGGUACUGUAGUUACAAUGAUAAAAACUCAACAUUAAUAGUAUUGUCAUAGGUGAAGUUUGAUUUCAUAAGAAAGGAAAUUGCUGAACUUUCCAAACUGUAACCUUUAAGGCCAGCUAAAUUAGAUACCAAGUUGAUAACUUUAGAAUGAGAUUAAGGAUGAAGAGAAAUAUAAAUGAACAAUACUGUAACUAAUACAAAAGUAGUAAGACAUAUGAAGGAAAGGACAGUAAUUUUGUCAGCAUACCCAGAAUUCUCAUUCAAAUUCUCGUUCAGUUCGUAACAUCUUAAGAUUAAUCCACUUCUUCUAUCUCUCAUUAUAUGGUAGUUUAGCUACUCUUCCUUGUUUAUUACAAGGUUAGUGAUUCAUAUUAUAGCAUAUUACUGACAUGUGAAUAUCAAUAUCAAUGAGUUGAUCAAAAGUAUGGCAUCUUAUUGAUGUGUGGAUAUCAAUAAGAAAUUCCAUAUUAUAGCAUCUUAAUGACAUGGGAAUUUCAUAAAAGUAAUCCAUGUUUUAGCCUCUUAUUGACAUGUAAAUAUCAAUAAGAUAAUCCAUAUUAUAGUAUCUUAUUGUCAAGUAGAUAUCAAUAAGGUGCCCAUAUUAUAGCAUCUUAUUGUAAAGUAAAUAUCAAUAGCCUACAUUUUAUAAAUGAAUUUGGCAGUGACAUACUAGCCUCAUUGUUAUUAAACAUCAAGAAAUUUACAUAUUGUGAUAUAAAUGUCAUAUUAUUUAGCUGUUGGUAGCAUGGCUAUGUAGGCUUGUAAUUGUCCUAUAGUGUAGUUGUUUUGUAUGUGUGUAGAAGGGAAGCUGCACUAAAGUUUGUGUGCAUUAUGAGUGAUUGAGGAUAAGCACGUAUUGGUUGCACGAGUAUAUGUGGAUGGAUGCAUACAGUUAUGGGUGUACUCAUUUAUGUUUACCUAUGUUUGUGCAUGCAAAUUUGUGUGUGUGUGUGUGUGUGUGUGUGUGUGCGCGUGUGUGUGUGUGUGUGUGUGCGUGCGUGCGUGCGUGUGGUCAUAUGCAUGCAUUUUUGUAUGUGCAUGUUUGUACAUUCAUAUAUGCAUGUAUGUGCAUGUGCAUGUAAUUGUGUGCACAUACAUAGUGUUUAGAUGUGUCAUACAUACAUAUGCAUACAGACAUGUUAAUGCCUAUAGUCAUGUUUGCAUAUAUCAUGGCUUUGUUUUGAAUACAUGUAUGUAUAUAGAGAUAUAAUAUAAAUGCAUAUAAAACUCCAUAUGCACAUGACCAGAGUAUCCUAUGUGCAUGGCUUUGGAUGGAGGGUUUCUUAGAUAAUAAGUUGAAUAUUCUUUAUUAUAUUUUAAACAUUGUGUAAAUUAGAAAUGUACCUCCUCACUUUUCCAUUUCUUCUGUUGAUUAUAUAUUCAAAAGUGGAGAGGCAAGUCUGAAGCUCUGCCAGCAAUCAAUAAUUGUGAAUAGUUAAGAUAGGUGAUCUUUUUUCACUUUGACAAGGUAAAACUUCAUGGUCAUCCCUCAGUACUUUUUUUCCAAAGUCUCAAUUAUUUAUAUACUGUAUACUGACACACAUUUAGCAUGCAUAGCCAAAAGAGAAAGAUUUAUAAUUAAGAGCUGUGGAUGGAACAUUUGAACUUUCUCUAUUAUUCAUUCAUUGGUUAGCCAAUAUAUAAUAAUAUUUUUUAUUGCAAAUUAUUAGUUAUUAAAAUGUAGCCAUAAUUUAUAGUUUUCAUACCUACAGAUAAGAUAAUGUAAAGAGUUUUAGUUCAUGCAUAUAUCUCAUUCCUUUUAAUAUACUUUUUUUGGCCAAAAUAAUGUACCGGUAAUAUAAUUAUUUGAAGAGUUUAGAGACCAACUGAUAUUCAUUAAGAUGUGUAGAUAUGAGGCACAUGAGGAAUAAAAGCAAAAUAGGUACAUAAAGAAAAAUAGUUACCUGAACAAAGUGUAAUAGGUACAUAUAUUAGGUAAAUAGAUGCAAUAGCAUUUGAUACAUCCAUUCAGGUAAUAAUGAAUUCUGGUGUUAAUAUAUGCUUUUACAAUUUCAUAUUCUGUUUUAGAAAAUAGAUCAACAAACCUUCUAUAGGUAGAUGUGCCUUCAAACAGAAAAGUGGUUGUUUUUAUUAAAAAUAAAUAUAUAUCAUGGGCAACUUCAUAAUUUCUGAUAUCCACCAUUGUCAAGUUAGUGUCAUUCAGCACCAGAUGCUUCAUCUUUCAAAGUUCUGAAAAGUCUGAUUUAUUUAAUUAUCAUUUAUACAAAAAACCUAGUGAAAGGAGUAAUAUCUAAUUUCAUUUAAGCUUAGCACUUAAUUUCAGUAUUACUUAUUUAGUCCCUGGUUUAAUUAAGUACUGUACAGUACCAGUAUGUAACAUUUCUUAAUUGAUUUAUAAACAAAAAGUUCUUUCACCAUAUUAGCAAUCUUCUGAAAGGAGGUUUAGAACUAAGAGUACCUCAAAAGAAAAGUUAUAUAAAAAUGUUUCAUUUAGUUGUGCUUAAUCAACGGCAUAAGUAGCAACUCAUAACUGCAUGUUUCAUUUUUGGCAAAAGUUUGAGAUGUGGAGAGUUUAAGUGUUGUGAUUGGUGCAAUAGAUUUAUUAUUGUGUAUGUCAGUCCCAUUACAGUAUAAAUUUAAUGUCUGGGUCUGUCUGCCACUCUCUAGGUUUAUAAGUGAAAAUGUAUAAACUAUAUUUCAGAUAUAGAAUGACCUCCAAACAUUAAUACAUGUAAUUGAAAAUCAAAUUGCAUAUAAGAGUUUGGCACAUAUUUGUAUGUACAAUAUAUUGUACAGUACCUGUAUACUGCAAGGUUUUAUUGUCUGCAUACAUACAGUGUAUUGCAUUUUCAUAUACAGUAAGUUUUCCAUAAUCAGUGAUGGGAAGACUUGUAUUUACCCAGUUUGUCAUAUUCUCUUACCUCUCCUCCCCUUCCUCCAGUCUUCAAGUUUUUCAUCCUCUAACUUUUAAGGCUUUAUCCAGUGCAAAUCUGAAACUGCAUAAUCAUUAUAAAUUAAAUUUUGCAUGUC